AGGUCACCAGGAAGAAUAUGAGGAGAUGGUUGAUAUUGGAAACUUCCGGCGUCAUCACCAAACCGGCUCCGACGACUCUCAUCCCCGAUUGCUCUCUGACAACAUGAGGUCCAACCGCUCCAGCGCGGCCCAUCCUGAUGACUUCACAGCACCGCAAUGGCCUCCUUCCAUUGCAGGAACGGGAAGCUCCCCGUCACUGACGUUGAGAAGCGGCGCUACAACGCCAUACGACCACUUGUCCUCGUCAAAACACUUGAUAUAUGCUGAUUCGAGAUCAUCUACUCCAAUGGUAUUUACAACUCCCCUCCCCCCCUGUUUCUCUCCCUUUGACCCAAUUGUUGGUGGUUGGUAUAUACUCCCUGUAUACUUGUGACCAUGACUCUUGCCGCGAAGUCGCCGCUGACGUCCUUUACUUCCUGUUUUCCUUGAAAUGCAGAAUCCAAGUCACAUCAGCCUGACCACUCUUUUGCCGCAGAAUGGGCGUUCUCCAAGCAAAGAGGUUAGCAGCGACAAUGACGAUCACAAUGGCGUGACCAUCUUGCACGACCGAGACGACGCCGACAUCUGGAAAGGCUGGAGGAGAUAUCUCUACACUCUGACGCCAUUUCUCACCCUUCUCAACACCGGAAUGUACCUGACCUACCUUGGACUUCGCAUUGCCUGCGUCAUCUUGGCGCAAAAGGCCUCGGGCACUACCUUUGCCGCCGCCUGGGUUUUCAUUGCCGUCGAACUGGCUGUCGCCAUCCCCUCGCUCAUGCACAACACCUGGACCAUGUGGUCCCUGAAGAAGAGACACAGGCCCAAGAUGAGGCUGACUGGAAACGAUGUGCCUACUGUCGAUUGCUUCGUCACCUGCUGCGGUGAGGAUGACGAGCUUGUCAUGGAUACGGUUCGCGGCGCCUGUGAUCAAGACUACCCCAUUGACCGCUUUAGAGUCAUUGUUUUGGACGACGCCAAGUCUCCCGGCCUGGAGCGUUCUUGCGCUAUCCUCUCGCACACCUACCCGAAUCUGUACUACAUGGCCCGUACCAAAAUUCCUGGACAGCCCCAUCAUUUCAAGGCCGGAAACCUCAACUAUGGUCUGGAUCAAGUUCACUUGUUGCCUGGCGGCGCUGGCCAGUACAUGGCGGCCUUGGACGCUGAUAUGAUUCCCGAGAGAGAUUGGCUUCGUGCUUUGCUUCCUCACGCUGUAAUGGAUCCCAAAAUGGCCUUGGUUUGCCCUCCCCAGCUGUUUUACAACACGCCGCCUUCCGACCCUCUAGCUCAGUCUCUAGAUUUCUUCGUUCACGUCAUUGAGCCCAUCAAGGACGCCAUGGGCGUAGCCUGGUGUACUGGAUCCGGUUAUGUCGCUAGGCGAGAGGCUUUGGAACAAAUUGGAAACUUCCCCCUUGGCUCGCUGGCCGAAGACGUGGCGACAUCGACUCUCAUGCUCGGUAAGGGAUGGAAGACGGCCUACGUUCACGAGCCUCUUCAGUUUGGAACCGUUCCUGAAGAUUACGGCAGCCACUUGAAACAGCGCACUCGAUGGGCCAUUGGUACCGUGGACACUUCGUUCAAGCUCAACUUUUGCCUGUGGGGUGACAAGGUUCGCCAAAUGACAUUCGCCCAGCGCUUCUCUGGCUUCCUCUACGCCUCUCUUAGUCUGUACACGAUCUUGCUGUCCAUCUCGCUCUUUGCCAUCCCCAUCAUUUUGAUCAUGGGCAAACCCCUCGUCGCAUACGCCAACGAUACACAGCUGCGAUGGCUCAUCCGCGCCUGCUUUGCCAACACCAUUUCCAACCGUCUCUGCGAGUUUGUUCUCUUUAUCCCCGCCGGCUAUCACACUGGCCAGCGUGGCUCUCGUUACCAGCUUUGGAUGUCGCCUUACAUUGCUCUCUGCAUCGUUCGAGCUUUCCUCCUGCCAAGGUGGCUUGGCGGAGAAGCCCAGGCCUUCAAGCCCACCGGUUCGCUCUCCUCGGCCCUGAACGAGCGUGAUCCCAAGCUCAGGAAGAACAUGUUCCGUCGUCUGUGGACCAUUCUCAUCAACUACAUGGCUCUCUUCCAUCUCGCAUUCGUCUAUCUGACCCUGGUUGCUGUAUGCCUUGUCUCGUACCGCUGCUUCUUCCAGGAGAGCAACCGCGUCAGGGACAUCCUCCUCUGCCUGGUCACGCACGCCUUCUGGCCACCUUUGACAUUCAUCUUCAUCUGCAGCUCUCUCUGGACUCCAGUCGCCUACGCCAUUGACCCUCCCCAGAUGCCCGACCGAGAAGAUCUUCUUGUUCGCGACCCCGAAACCAAGGUCGCGCACCCGACAACCCAGAGCAAGAAGAUUGCAUUUGGUGGCCAGGCCGCCUGGUUCGAAUUCGAGUACACCUUUUCGACGCUAUAUACCUGUCUUAUAUUUGUCGCAUCUUUCCUUUUCUAAAUGCAUUACGGUGGAAAACUUUCAGGGACACUUGCACAUUAAACCGUGUCUCGGGCUCCACGACAUCGGAGUACGUGUUUCAAUGUGAAUGUGAGGGAUGUUUGAUGGCUGCGGAGCAUUACGACCAGUGCGGCGGGUUGGGUUCUACGGGAUAUUUUUGUGAAUUUUUUUUUUAGAUGUUGAAAGGCGCAAGGGAUAUGUAUGAACAUAGAGACAGACACGUGAAUAUUUUGACUUGACAAUAAGGUAAUUAAGGUACAUGCUCGACACAGUCGGGGACACUGCAACUAUAGAUUAAUACGGCGACGCAAUUCGCCAUGUAUCUAGCGAUCAAAUGAAUAACAUUCAUUACAACG